GAAGAAGAAGUCCAGAAUGAUAAAUCAAUAUCUUCGGAGCAAACUACUGCUAAUACUGUUACAGAACAUGAUAAUACUGAUCCUUAUGAUAAUUUGCCAUUAGAAAAUGCUUCUUCCUCGAUUACUUCGAAGAAAUCGCGGAAGAAGUUGCGCAAGGAAAAAACUAAAAAAACUAGCGAUGAUGUUUCUCAACAGCUAUGUUUGGACAUUAAUAGAAAAUUGGACUGGAUAAAAGAGCAUGUCGGGGGAUUAGAAACGUUUGUUUCUGAAAAAUUGACUGAGAUUUCGGAAAAUUGGAAGCAAGUCGGCCAUACUCAAUCAAUAUCUGCAGGAAAUAAUACAGGUUUGGAUAUUUCAAAUAUUAACCGCCCUCCUGCUGUAGGAUACGUACGCGUCGAUAAUAAUACGAUUCAUUUAGGCCAAAGUAUAUGGCUCCCAAAACAAACUUACUGCGACGUAUUUUUCAGUGCAACUACAAAUGUAAUGUUCGUAAAAAAUAUUGCCAUGGCUGUGUACGGCGCUCAAUAUUUAAAAGAACACAGCGUAAAGGGCAAAGCUUGUAACAAAACAAAAAGCAAGCCAAGGCCAGCCAUUGAUAAUAAAAAAGCUCUGGCUAUAAAAGAAAUUUAUGAAUACUAUUUGAAAGAAAAUAAACGUUUUACUGAAGAAGAAGCGGCGGAGGAAGCAAAUAAUUAUGAAGAUUAUAUUAGAGGUAAAAUAUGUGAUUUACGACGACCACGAACAUCAUCUAAAAACAAAAAAAAGGACAAUGAAACUCAAUCUAGCAGCCGUGGCAGCGGCAACGGCAGCGACAGCGGCGGCGGCGGCAGCGGCAGCGGCAGCGACAGCGGCGGCGACAGCGACAGCGGCAGUGGCAACGGCAGCUGCAGCGACGACAGUGAAGAAGAACCGUCAAACCAAAAAAAAGAUAAUACAACUCCAAGUGUUUAA